AUGGAUUCUGGCAACCACAGGAAGCUAGAAUUAAUUAGACUCAAGUCACCUACACUCCUCCUCUACCCAACGACAACCUCAACAACCAACACCAUGUGUGGCAGCUACUACGGAAACUACUAUGGCGGCCGUGGCUAUGGAUGCUGUGGCUAUGGAGGCCUGGGCUAUGGCUACGGAGGCCUGGGCUGUGGCUAUGGCUCUGGCUAUGGCUGUGGCUUCCGUGGACUGGGCUGUGGCUAUGGCUCCGGCUAUGGCUGUGGCUAUGGCUCCGGCUAUGGCUGUGGCUAUGGCUAUGGCUCCCGCUCUCUGUGUGGCUGUGGCUAUGGCUGUGGCUCUGGCUUUAGCUCCUACUACUGA